GGACCACUGCUCGAUCCAUAACUUCCGUGUAUCUUCUUCGUGUUUCUCUUGUGCGGUAGGAGUGUGUUGUGACUACUUCUUCGAAAUAAAUAACCAUGUCUAUUGAAGUGGAAUCUGCUGACGUGGUCCGUCUGAUUAUGCAGUAUUUGAAGGAAAACAAUCUGCACCGAACCCUGGCCACGCUGCAGGAGGAGACAACGGUGUCUCUAAAUACAGUGGACAGCAUAGAGAGCUUUGUGGCAGACAUCAACAGUGGCCACUGGGAUACCGUCCUGCAAGCCAUCCAGUCCCUCAAGCUACCAGAUAAGACCUUGAUAGAUCUUUAUGAACAGGUUGUCUUGGAGCUUAUUGAGCUUAGAGAGCUUGGUGCUGCCCGUUCGCUCCUCAGACAGACCGAUCCCAUGAUCAUGUUGAAACAGACGCAGCCAGAGCGAUACAUCCACCUGGAGAACCUGCUAGCUCGCUCCUACUUUGAUCCCAGAGAGGCUUACCCAGAUGGCAGCAGUAAAGAGAAGCGACGCGCGGCCAUCGCUCAGGCUCUGGCAGGAGAGGUCAGCGUGGUGCCACCCUCCCGUCUCAUGGCUCUGCUGGGACAAUCUCUGAAGUGGCAGCAGCAUCAAGGUCUCCUGCCGCCUGGUAUGACCAUUGACUUGUUCAGGGGUAAAGCGGCUGUGAAAGACGUAGAGGAGGAGCGCUUCCCCACUCAGUUGAGCAGGCAUAUAAAGUUUGGACAGAAAUCUCAUGUGGAAUGUUCUAGAUUCUCCCCCGAUGGUCAGUAUCUGGUCACUGGUUCUGUAGAUGGUUUCAUUGAAGUCUGGAACUUCACCACUGGAAAAAUCAGGAAGGAUCUGAAAUAUCAGGCUCAAGAUAACUUCAUGAUGAUGGAUGAUGCUGUGCUGUGUAUGUGCUUCAGUCGAGAUACCGAGAUGUUAGCAACAGGAGCCCAGGAUGGAAAAAUCAAGGUGUGGAAGAUCCAGAGUGGUCAAUGUCUGAGAAGAUUUGAGCGUGCCCACAGCAAAGGAGUAACCUGUGUGAGUUUCUGUAAAGACACCAGCCAGCUGCUCAGCGCCUCCUUCGACCAGACCAUCAGAAUCCAUGGACUGAAAUCCGGUAAAUCGCUAAAGGAGUUCCGCGGCCACGCCUCGUUCGUCAACGAAGCCACAUUUACCCCAGAUGGCCAUCACAUCAUCAGUGCUUCCUCAGAUGGAACAGUUAAAGUGUGGAACGUGAAGACCACAGAGUGCACCAGCACUUUCAAGCCUCUUGGCGCAUCAGCUGGAACAGACAUCACAGUCAACAACGUCCUUCUGCUGCCCAAGAACCCAGAACAUAUUGUAGUGUGUAACCGCUCCAAUACAGUGGUCAUCAUGAACAUGCAGGGACAGAUCGUGAGGAGCUUCAGCUCCGGUAAGAGGGAAGGCGGUGACUUUGUGUGCUGCUCUCUGUCGCCCCGCGGCGAGUGGAUCUACUGCGUAGGUGAAGACUUUGUGCUGUACUGCUUCAGCACCGUCACAGGCAAACUGGAGAGAACGCUGACGGUCCACGAGAAGGAUGUGAUUGGAAUUGCCCACCACCCCCACCAGAACCUGAUCGCCACCUACAGCGAGGAUGGCCUGCUGAAACUCUGGAGACCUUGAACCAUCUUUAGGAGAGGGACCUGGACAUUCCCAAUCUUCCCAUUUCGUUUUGUUUUUGUAAUUUCUUUGCUCUGGUCAAUCCUUCCCAGAUUCAAAUGGACUUCAAACAGAUGUACAAGAGAACCAGCAGUCUUUCACACUCAGAAUAAUAGAAAUGUGGUUAAUUAAAAACAGAGUGUACAGUUUUUUAAGUUGUUUUUGUAUCAUUAAAAUUUGGCAGCUUAUGUCAUUUUAUUGUAGUAGUAGUAGUGGGACUUGAGUUCUUUUAGACAAAGACAUGUUUUAAAGUUUUUCAGUUGAUGUCACAUUUAAAUAACAUCUACCAAUAUAAUAUGUAUCUGAGUCAAGCAGCGUUUGCUUUAAUGAGAUGCAGAUUAUACAUUUGUCAGCAAAGGUACCGAGAUAUUACGGAAACUAGAAAUAACACCUUCAGUUGUAGGGAAAUGUUCUCCCAAAAUCAAACAAAAACUCCUGGUUUUUACAUUUUCACUUUCUGUUAAACUAAAAAGAUCCCAUUGGUCUCUGCCCGAGCUUAAACGGCCUUUACUUUUCUGGAUUAACAAGUUGGCUUGUUAGAGAAAUGGACUUUAGUCUUGUUUUAAAAAUCCCACACUUUUGAAAAUAUUUUCCAGUAAAAAAAAUUGGUCUUUUUAUUCUUUAUCUUUAAGAAGACUUCUGUCUUCUGUUUUAUUGUCCCACGUUUGGUAACAGCUGGACAGGAGCUCCUCACAUUAAAAUAGGUUUUAAUCCCUUAAACUCAAGAGAUGAUAGUAAGAAGGCUUGCUCAGUGUGGAGAAAUGUGAAGGUUUUCAUAUGUAUUUAGGAAAUUUCUUCAAAAUUUGAUGAGAUGAGGUCUUAAAAAUCUACUGAAACUACAAAUGUCACAUGUAACAUUUUUCUGUCUGUGCCAUUAAAACCAUCUAAGCUGAACAGUAAAA